AUGGCUACCGAUGAAAGCACUCCCCUACUAAAAAAUUCGCAAACGAAGGCGAAGACACCCCUGCCAAAAACACAACUGGGGCUUGUCUUGUUCGUCCUUGCCACUGAGCCUAUGUCCUCACAAUACAUUUACCCGUUCAUAAAUCAGCUAAUAAGGGAGGUAGGCGUUACGGGUGGCGACGAUCGCAAGAUAGGAUACUAUGCUGGCACUAUCGAAUCCCUGUUUUUUGUCACCCAAGCACUGACGGUCUUGAGCUGGAGUCGGAUAUCCGACUAUGUCGGCCGCAAGCCUGUAUUACUUGUCGGCCUCAUGGGUCUGAGCAUAUCCAAUUUGUGUUUUGGACUAUCCAAGACGCUCUGGGCGCUCAUUGCGAGUCGAUGUAUUGCCGGAGCCUUGAACGGUAAUAUCGGGGUGAUGAAAAGCGUCAUAGGCGAAAUAACAGACGACACCAAUAUGGCCCAGGCAUUUGUGCUUAUCCCUAUCGUUUUCUCUACUGGUGCUUCAAUCGCUCCCCUUUUUGGGGGCGGGUUGGCGAAGCCGCAUGACCAUUGGCCCGAGCUCUUCUCAGGGUCGUUCUGGAUUCGAUACCCGUACUUCCUCCCUUGUCUCGUAUCCGCGUCGUUCGCUGCCUUCUCAUUCUUCAUAACUGCACUACUUUUGGAGGAGUCGCUGCCAUCGAAGCGACAUGGGAAUAGCCCUCAGCCAGAGAUACCUUCAAUAGAUACUCGGAUUGGCACACCGGGUGGCAAAGAUACUUCCCCAGUACCAAUUCGUGCUCUACUCAAAACCUAUUCGGUGAUGAUACCCGUCGCAAAUUAUGGUAUACUGGCUCUUGUCGACAUUGGUUUUUUCGCUCUUGUACCCUUGUUUUACGGAGCCCCUAUCGAAAUUGGGGGAUUGGGAUUGUCACCAUUCGCCAUUGGCGUGUGCUUGACGGCAUUUGGCUUUGGCAAUGGCCUGCUUCAAAUGCUAUUUGCGGCUCGGGCAGUAGAUCGUUUCGGUGCAAGAAGGGUAUUUUGUUCGACCGUACUUGCAUUCUUCCCCACAAUUGUUACAUUUCCGAUUAUGAGUUGGGUCAUCCAUGUUCAAAAGGAAGUUGGCCCAGCCAUCUGGAUGCUCAUCUUUGCUCAGCUACUCUCGUGGUCAGUAGUUGAUAUGUCCUAUGCUAUUAUCUCUUUAUUUGUCACGAGGGCUUCGCCGAACAAGCACUCGCUUGGUACAGUGAAUGGUCUCAGCCAGACUACGGUAUCGAUUGCAAGGGCAAUGGGGCCAGCAAUGUUCACAUCACUAUUUGCGUUCUCAAAAGAAUACAACUUACUUGGAGGAAAUCUGGUAUAUAUUGUGCUUCUGGUCCUUUCGUGUUUGUUAGCCUUCUUGUCGAAGCACCUUCCGGAGUUGAAGAAAGACAGUAAAAACAGGAGUACACACUCGGAAUCGAUACCGUGA